CGAGUCGUCGACUCUGCGCCGGGGACUGAGUUCGAUCCAUCAUCGAAGUCGACCUCUCGAGGAGCGGAAGAAGAGCAGAGAUGCAGCAGAGGAGAUCUCUAGCAGGACGACCCUCCGGGACGGACGGCUCCGACUUCUCUUACCGCAUGGUCGUCGAUUCCCGUUAUCAGAGAGUAGCCCAAGGGAGGUCUCGUCUGCGUGCAUUGAUCUUGAUUCAGGCUGUGGUUCAGUUGGUUGCAGCCCUACCUCUAAUCCUCUCUGUUUGGAAGGGGGAAGCUGUCCAUGCUCUCUCUGCAUUGUCUCUCGCUAUCGGCAUUUUUUCUCUUCUCGUCGGGGAAUUAGGUCGAAGGCGAAGCAGGGCAGGUUUGUUAAGAGUGUACUUGGUUGCAUCAUCUGUAUCGAUAGUGGUAUCAGUAGCUUGUGUUUUCAAGAGCAAUUUGACCUUUGAGAUCCUAAUUCAGGACAUACAGAAUGCACAAAACUGGGAAGCCAAGAAGUUGGAACUGCUACAAGGGUCUCGUGUUUUUCUCGGAUCGGUGCUGCAGGUAGUUGUAAUAAAGACGGUAAUUUCUCUCAUCCACAACAUGUCUCCUCCCAAGAGAGCUUCAUAGCAGCUGCUGCUGGUGUCAAUGUUUGUUACCAACCAUUUCAGUGGUUAAAAAAAGCUUUGGAUAUUUUUUAUGUUCUUCUCUACAAACUUUUUAAUAGAAACGGCCCGGAUAUCUGCCAAACUCUUAUUUUUCUGAGCUUCUUAUGAUGUACUCAUAUUUUACUGUUCGAAAAUUGCAGUAAAGUUGCUUCUACUUCCCGAGAAUCA